UCCCGCUUAAGUGUGGCGGCGGGCGCUGCCUCGCGGCACGGUCGGGGUUGGCCAUGGAGGUGGCGCGGGAUUGCGUGGGCUCGGUGCUGAGAUCUUUGGUAUCUGUGGGAGCGUCUGUGGGAGCAGCAACAAAACAGACCCUGUUCCCUCCCCUCAUGCCUGCAGGGAGACCUUUCCGUGUAUCAAAUGCCUCCAGAAGCAGCCGGAAAGGAAUUGUUGCAAGCAGCCUGCAAGAACUCAUCAGCAAGACUUUGGAAGCCUUCCUUAUAGCUGCUAGCACUAUUACUCUGGUUUUGGAAGAAGAUGGCACAGUUGUGGACACAGAAGAGUUCUUUCAAUCCCUGGGUGAUAACACACACUUCAUGGUUCUAGAGAAAGGACAGAAAUGGACACAAACAAGAAAUGGAAUUGUCCCUGCAAGACAAAAGAAGAAAAUGGGAGUAGCUAACAUCACGUUUGAUCUCUACAAGCUGAACCCUAAGGAUUUUAUUGGCUGCUUAAAUGUGAAGGCAACCUUCUAUGAGAUCUACUCAGUGUCCUAUGACAUCAAGUGUAUGGGGGCGAAAAGUAUAUUGCGGAAGGUGCUUCAGAUGAUAUCCCACAUGGCACAAAUAACUGGACAGUUUCUCCUCUAUACUGGAACAUACAUGUUGCAUUUGAUGGGUGAAUAUGAUGAAGAUGCCACUUGUACAAGAGCACAGCACAAGUAGAGACCACAGCAGCACUUCUGAUAUUGGAUCCUUUUGUUUAAGGAUGGUCUCUUGCCCAAAUUUGAAUGUAAUGAUGUUUUAGUAGGGAGAUAUCCACUAAGGUGAACUAACAUUUAUUUUUUUUUUCCCCGUUUGGGAAUGCUUAUAGGCCUUAGUUGUAAAAUAAGUGUUUGGUGUUCGUGGGCUCUUAACACAGCAAAAGGAUGGGUGCCUAAUGACUGGGCAAAAAAAGAAGAGAGGGGCAGAUUUUUACCCCAGCAACUCGGUGGAAAAUAAGAUUAUUUGGAAAUGUGUGCUUUGUGGAUCGUUUCCUUGUGCUGAUCAAAACACGGUUUGUUUUCUUUGUGGCUGUCUACUUGCCUUUUGAACAGACAGGGCUGUCCUUUUCUUUUUUUCUUUUUUUUUGUUUUAUCCUUAACACUGCUGGUGUUAGAGUCCAGCUGGCACUGGGUACAUAAAGCUGAAGUGUACUUAUUUUCAUUUUCAAGUAAUGGGAAUAUACAAUACAACUGGUUCAGUGACAAUACUGUCAUGAAGUCUCAUUCAACAAAGCACAAUUACUAUGCAGAAGCUUAAAAUUUAGCCUUAUUUCCCUUAAAACAAGUAAAUGUUCUGUAUAACUACUUGUGUUGUUCUUCAAGUCUAUAGGAAGUUCUGGCUAAUAUAGUUUUUACCAGUUGAAAAGCAUUUUUUUUUUUUUUUUUUUUUUUUUUUACUAUGUGUGAUGUUCCACUCUGCCCUAAUGCAUUGAAUAACUUGUCAUAGAUCCAUCCAUAUGGCUUACCGAAAACCUUUUGAAGAUUCCUUCAGGGGUUAAACCUUCAAUUCUGUAAUUUUUGCUCUUCAGCUAUGCAUAUAGAUAACACUACAUUCCAAGCUGCACUUGAAAUGUUGGAUUUUGAUGCCCCUGCGUUGGGGGGGAACAGCAGAACCUUACCUACUGUGUAACAUAUACUCAAAACUGGGUAUUUGCAGUCUUAGUCUCUAAUACAAACUAUAUUAAAGGAAAAAGUUUUUAACCUUCGGAUAUAAUUAUCUGAAAAGCUUUAUACAGUUUAGUGAACAGACUGGUUUUUGGAAAGGAUCUCCUUGACUGUGAAGGCAAAUGGGAAAACAAGUAGUGGUAGGCAGUUGUGACAAAAUACAGACACUGUUGUUGAAGGGGGAAUGUUCAACUCCUGUUGUUCAUAGUUGUGGCUUCUGAGGUUUUUAUUUGCUUUCUUAUGAUGAAUUUUAAUAAGUUACAUUAUUAAGACUGAAAGCCAUUAAGGAGAUAAAUGGCAAGGUAAAUAUCCUGAUUGCAAGUGCCACUCAGGAAGAGAAACUGUGGUGACAGGGAAGAAAAAAAGUAGGAGUGGAAGGACUGACAUAAGCUCCAGGGUGCUUGCCUUGCUUCUGCAGAGACAAAAGUCCUUUAACCACAUACAUCAACUGCACUGAUUAGUUGGAGGAAAACCUGAUGUGCUAAAAGAAGAACAAAUGGAUUGAGAUGACCGAGCAUCAUGUUUGGUGGGAUCCAUUUUAUCUGUAAGCUGGAUCUCUUUCCUUCAAAUGUUACUAGUAUGUGGGAGUAUUGCUCACAUUUAUCUGCCAGGUUCACUUUCAUAUGCUUUUUUUUGCCUGCCUUUUAUGGAUCUGAUUUUUAGCCAGCUGGAGCUGCAUCCUUCAAAUCAGUGUUGUGUGAAAAGCAGCCUAAAAUCGAUCUUAAGGACUAGUAGACGUAAGUCUGCUAAGUCUCUACCUGUCUCUUCAGUAAUGGUUUACAAAUGAGUAGACAGCUAAGGAAGAAACUUUGUGGCUUUUUUUUCCCCCGAUUUGUUGUUUCCCAUGCGCUUCUGAAUAUUUGCUGGAGGAAAGAGGGGUGGUGAGGCAUGCAGCUCCAGGCAAGAGGUGGACUGGUUUAUUUUACUCAUUUUUUCCCAUGGAAGAAUGUGUGCACCUUGCAACACUGUUAGGUUUCCUUCAGGAGAAAACAGACUACUCAGCAGGUGAUGCGAGAGAGAUUAUGUUAAAAUGAAGACUUUAUCUAUAUUGUUCUUUCCCCCACUCCUACCAUGAUUGUUACUGUGGUAAAUGUUGGAGUUUUUCUACCCCCUAUCAAGAAACUGCGCUUAGCUGAUGUAGUGCAGGGACUCUUUCAGCUUUUAAGGACCAUUUAUUGCAUUUAAACGAGCCCACCUCAAACAUUACAUGUAGAAAACUUUCUAGGAAUAUAUACAUUGCUAAUGGUGGAAGCAUCAAUGUAGGAAAAAAGCAAACAAUAUACUUGCAUAGUUCAAUAUUGCAUUCAUCUGCUUCUUAAACUUUCUACAAUUUGGAGGCUUUUGCAAGUCUGAACCAUGUCGAUCUCAAAUUCUGUCCUCCUAAAGCCAGAGGCAGUUAUCACAAAGCUAACACUCCGUAGUUUGCAAUGGUGUUACUGUAGGACUAAAAGGCUAACUCAACAUGAAUUUGCAAUGUUUUUAAGCAGCUGUUUCUCUGGCAGGCUAACACUUAAUGCUUGAGUUGCUGAAGGUCAUGUGAGCUGCAAUCUCCACUGUGGUUCAAAUGCAAACAGCUGAAGAAAGUAGCUUGACUGAUAUUUUCUCAGGGUGGGAGAAGUGUCUUGGAAAGUUUGGAGUUUGUGGAAUUACUCCAUUGUUUCUGAAUCUGGAUUUUGCCACAGGUUUAGUAUUUAGAAGAUAUUUGCUGCUGUAACAACUGUUCUCCAGAGAUAAAGUUUUGGCUUCUGGUCAAACCUAGAGGAGUUUGUUUUCCUGAGUUGGAGCCAGUUUGAGGGUUGUUGGUUUUGUUUUUUCUUUUAAACAGCUUGAUUAAGAUGUGUAGCUUUUACUUGAGCUGUAUGUGGUACACAGCAGGGAAAAACACUUCUCUAGCUUUUCUACUUGGUGUUUUUAUUUAUUAUUUUUUUUCUUUCCCAGAGCCCUGUUAAUCUGCACUUGUUACUGUUGCAGGCAAAGCUGGUAACACUAAAAUUUCAAAAGCAUGAAACAUGUUUUUUCCCUCCUUGCUCGCCCUGACCCUCUUUCCCUGUUGCUUUGCAUCACUUACUAACAAUGCACCAAGUCAUACUCUGUAGUUACCAAAAAAGGAAUUUUCACUGAAGUACUGGAUCUUGUUGACUCAGGCACUGCUCAUGCUCUGCAGGCAAAACAAAGCUGCUCUUUUCAUGACUAGGAUGAAGGAUCUAAUAGCUUUUCUGUGUGUGUAUAACUUACUACUUAAUUUCCUUCCUUUCACAAACUCAGAGUCGUUGCUUUCUUGCACUUUCCUAUUCUUUCAAGAGAAAUAGGAGUACAGAUUCUUCUGCCUGGGGGAGGGGAUAAGGCAGGGUCUAAAUUCCUUAGAGCAUUAGGAAUAUGCUGUAGGAAAUACCCCAAACCCUUAUCUGUAGGGAAGGGAGGGGUUAAAGAAAGGAAAACAGGACUUUGGGCUGGAAGCUUUUUCAGCACAGUAGGGAGGUAGGCAUUAACUAUUUAGGAAAUGUUGGUAAUUCUAAAUGUGAACAUAUGAUUGUUUGUAAUGGACUAGAAUUAUAACUCUGAAUCAUUUCAGCAUACUUCUUAGAGAGGUAGAACUUGAACUAAAGGCACAAACUUCUUUAAUUAAAGUUUAAAGUCAAAGCACAAAGGAGUUUGAACUUAAUGCUUCAUUACUGGAGGUAUUAACAUAAUUAACAGUGUACUUCAGUUAUAGUAAUAAUCCUUGUGGGGUUUAACAUUUAUCACUAUUAUCGCUACUUUCUAUACUUUGCCAUAAAAUAUUUAUGAACAUGAGAAUUGAUGUUUUGCUAAAGGAAAAGAUAAUAUUUUACCAUUUCAAAACUAGAACACGGUAGUUUAACUUGCUAUGGAAACUGAGAUGGGUGAGAAUGAUGUGAGUGAUGGCAAUAUUUUCUGAUAUGUGGUGCCGAUUUUGAGGAAAUGCAUAAAUGUCCAUGAAUAAAGUUAAAUUGUGGCUUUGGA